GCGACAGCAGCAGCAGCAGCAGCGGCAGCAGCGGUAGCAGCGGUGGUGGUGGCGGCAAUAGCAAUACUAUCACAAGCACGAUAUCGCGGUCAGCAUGAGCUACAAGACGCCUUGCUUUCCACGCUGGUGGCACGGCGCUGGCGUGUAGCCCGGUGACCGGUGUAGUCUCUCGGUAUGCCGGUGUAACCGGUUGUGAGUCGGGAGUUUAUUCCCUUCGAGUGUAGGCAGAGGCUCGCUACCUUGCGAUCUGCGAUCCACUCACACUCGGUACUCCGUCCGCCUCUUCCACCACCAGCACUGUCUCCUGGUGCUCCCACCUCGACGGCAACGCUCCCUCCCGCUGUCGCUCCCUUCCGCGUGCGCGUCGCCCGACCCUCGGAAAUUCUGAAAGCGGUUCGCGCCUGUGCAACGAGGGGGUGGCGAGGGACCGAAAAUCGAGGUGAAAGGAAACUCCGCGGAUCCGGCCUAAGGGUCUCUCCUAGGGCUGAUGUGUGUCGGCCGUGCCCCCUCGCGUGUGCGUCCUGCGAGCGCGAAAAAUUCAUACACACGCGCGCGCGUACGCACACACACACACGUACACACUAGCGCGUAUACCUACACAUACGCGCGUGCAUUCGCGUCCACCGUGUGAAUACGCGUGUACAUACGCGUGUGCCGUGGAUAUUCGUGACGUGGAUUUCGUCAAUAUUUUCAUUGUCCCCGAGCAAUCGCAAUUUCUCUCUCGUUUGCCUCUCGGCUGCCUUGCUGCCGCUCCGGGAAAAGGAAGGGUGUUCGUGACGCGCGAAUCGGUUAACCGGGACCGCGUUUCCUUCAUCUGCGGGAUACGCGACGCCGUACGUGGUGACGUUCGAUCGCGCGGUCAGUUCUCCAAGUGACACACUUUCAUCCGCGAGGGAAGAGAAACUCAUCCGCGGCGGGCUGACGGUGGUCUUGCAGCAGGAGGACUCGGAUAAGUGUGAUUGUCCACGAGUGCACGCGACAGCCUGCGAGCGCAGGUGAGAGUUUACCUAGUGUGACAUGCCAGUGCAUCAUCGUCGAGCUCAGUGACCAACCCCAAGUUUUCCAUUGGUGACUCGCGACCGAUAACACGUUGUUUCCCUCGUCGUAUGUUGCGUUAGCCAGCGGAUCGUGAAGUGCGGAUUAACUGGCUUUCGAGUGGUCUCGCCGCGCUGUUGGUGCACGUACGGGGAUCCGGAGGAUCGAGCCGCUUCCGGAUCGGUGCGAGAGGGAUCAUGUGCAAUCCCCGAUUGCAGCCCUCUUUCGAGGGUUGAGUCGCCGAUUCGGUGUCGUCCGAUCGGCCGACACGAGUCCGCGAGUGUUGUGUUACGCGACGAAGCUCGUCGGCGGAUCGUCUGGACGUCCCGAGGACAUCCCUGCCGUGACGCGAGGUGAUCUCGCGGAGGGGCUAACCGUGUACCACAUUCUCGCACUGCAAGAGGACUUGGAACCUCGCGAGGAUGCGGGACCGGCUCUCGUGGUACAUGGUCUUCUUGAUUCUGCCGACAAUCCUCUUGGCCAGAUCGCUCGAUAAAGAUCGACGCGUGCCCUACAACAUCCCGUCGGAUUGGAGGGCCCUUUGGUUCAGCAAUCUCGACGAGCUGCAGAGAGUGAACGAGGCGAACGACAACAACACCGUUUCUAACGUCACGGUGCAAUUGGGCGGCACCGCCUUCCUGCACUGCAAAGUUCGCAAUUUGGCGGAGAGGACCGUUUCCGAUGCCGAGAUAUCGUGGAUUCGGCGACGUGACUUUCACGUUUUAACAAGCUCCAUGUUCACAUACACGAACGACGAGCGAUUUCAAGUACUGCAUCCCGAGGGCUCGGACGAUUGGACCCUUCAAAUAAAAUACGUCCAAGAAAGAGACAAUGGGACGUACGAGUGUCAGGUCUCGAGAAGUGCAGGGAUACUGUCACACUUUGUCAAUCUAAAUAUAGUGAUACCAGAGGCGUUUAUAUUAGGAAGCGACGAGCAUCACGUCGACGUAGGGUCUAUCAUAAAUCUCGUGUGCAUAAUAGAGAAGAGCCCGACGCCGCCGCAAUACGUGUUCUGGUAUCACAAUAACCGGAUGAUAAACUACGACACCACGCGCGGCAGCGUGACCGUACAAACCGAUCCAGGACCAACUCAGAGCCGGUUGACGAUUCGCCAGGCGGUGGAGUCGGACACGGGCAAUUACACGUGCAGCGCCUCCAACACCAAGCCGGCAUCGAUCUUCGUCUUCGUCACCGAAGGUGACAAGAUGGCAGCGAUACAGCGCCGCAAGACGUCGGCAGCGAAGAGGAAUCUGGCGGGCGUGCUGUGGCCGGCGGUGCUCGUCGUAGCGGGCGUCGUUUUAGCGCGAUAAAGCGUUUCACUUCGAAAUGUCCAUAACUAUUACGUCAUUACUUCCGUUUGUGAUAGAUAGGAUAUUAUCUCCUCCCCCCCCCUCCCCCGCUCCAUUUCUCCCUUUAUCCUUCAUUCUUCCCUCCCCAGGUCCGCCCGGCCUUUCUCCCUUUUCACUCUUCUUCCCCGCCCAUCAUUUACACCCCCUCCUAUCCCUCCUUCCUCGCGGGUCUUCUUUUCUUCCUAAACCACGCUCCCGUCUUCCGCAUUCCAUCUUCCAACUUCCCUUCCUUCUUCGCUCGCCCCCCAUCCCCCUCCCCUCUCCCUCUCUUAUUCGUUAUUUACUUUAGUCGAGGUUGCCGCCGGCUGGACUACUUAGAUAUGCGAGAUUCUCGUGGAAGAUUGCGCGAUUGCCUGCUCCAAGUCAUUACGCGCGACGCGCAUGCGACUCGAAUUAUGUAAAUACUGCCCGGGUCGAAUACGCCACGACGAGGCGGAUUACGUUAGGCCAGGCCUGUCCAACUUCCGGGCCAACGCGCCGAUCGCCCAUUCAGCGACAGACCAGAUUUCCAGGCCGGUCGGAUGGAACGUCCCGCGCGGUCAGCGCCAAACGAGUCGAUCGAUGCCGCUAACAAGGUGAGGCUAUAUUUCUCGGAAAUCAAAAUAAUUGAUGAGGGCGGCGGGUUCCGAAGGCACGGAUCUUUCAACGCGCGUGAGAAUGAUUCGAUGGCCCAUGGUGUCGCCCGUAGAUGUCGCAGACUUCCCUGAGUUUCUUUCACAGAAAUGUUUCACCAUACUGUUUACAUUUUACCGGUGGCGCAGCUAUCACCCUCGCAAUUUUAAUACCUGAACUUGUUCUAUCUUCGAUGUGACCCAGCGGCGCGCACGUAAGCGCGAGGAACUCGGUUACUAGUAGGAUGUGGCUGUGUAUUUCUCGGAAAUCGAAAUAAUUAAUGACAGACGGGUUUCAAAAGCACGGACUCCCAACGCACGUGAGAACGAUACAAGCUCUGUGGUUUUUAAAAGAUAAUGUUUUAUAUUUAUGAAUAGCGUGAUCAUCUUGCCAUCAAUUUUCGUUCUUUCACUUGUUUCGUUUUCGAAUUGAUCGAUUGAGAGAGACGACCAACACUAAUAUACAUAAAUUGAGGACUUUGAUAACACUUUGAUAAAAAAAAAAAAAGAUCUUGCAACUACAAAGUUGUCUGUACAUAGAAAUUAAUUGAAGUAGGAUUAGCAAAUACUGUGAUAUGCAUAUGUUUUGCACGUAAUGUAACAGGAGCAGAAUUUGCAAAUUCUACAUGCGACAGUAAAAAACGCACUCUAGCAGACACAAAAAUUAGCGAUAAAUUUUGUUUGUGGCAUCGAGUAAUCUACCUACAUCAAUAAAACUUUUUUUUUGAAAGGUGAAAUUUUGGCAUGUGUCGCUCAAAUAGUUUUCAACUGAAACCGUCAUUCAGUACCAAAUCACAGACACGGAAUAAUAACAAUAAAAUCUAGAUGCUUGAAGAUUAUUUGCAUCAAGUGAUUUUGAAACCUUCGUUUAUUUUGAAAAAAUAACACGCGACUCAAGGAUUAGGACUCUCUUCCGAUAAAUCGCACAUAAUCACUAUUUUAUUACUUAUUUGAUUCGCGAUUUUACAAUAAUAUAAACGACACAAUUUUAAUUACAAGAUAAUACAAUAAACAUAAAGCUAAACGUAUUGUACGUUAUUGUAAAUUAAAUGGAUAGCUCUUCGAGUUGUAUUCAAUAUAAUAUAUUUUGCAUCAUGAUUAAAUAAUAUUUAAUAAUAUAGUAACAGAUUAAUGUGACAAUAUUGAUCGAAUGCAUCUUCGCGGCAAAUUGAUUGGCUACAAAUUAAUUUUUUAUUAAUUAAUUCGAAAUUAUAUAUAUUAAAGUCAAAUUAGUUUUGCAACGCGAUUCUCUACAACUUCUCGAGUUGCAACGAGAAAGCAAGAAUCUCUUUACAAAACAUUUUACUCGCCUCAUUAAGAAACGUAAUAACUUUGCAAAUAUUUCGAAUCAAUCCGUACACCGAUACGAUCUCUUUUUCACUUAAAACUGCUUGAAUAACGCGUUCUCGGAAAAUUUCUCUCGGGAUACACAACAAAGAGGAAUAAAAAGGGCGUACGUACAUCCUCGAAAUGCCAAAGUCAAAAGGCGAAAAUUGACGUUUACGCGCUCGAACGCGAGGCGCGCGUUUCACGCCACAAUCUUGCGUUUCUCGUUUCUAUAUAAAAAUUGUUGUAAAAAACUUGUUUGCUUUACAGGAGAGCGUGGGUCUCGUAGUCGUCCGCGCGCGCUCUUUGCGACCGACAACCUCGUCGUCGUGACGGCGCUGGCGAGAUGGAGAUCGCACCGUCGUCGUCGCGUCGCACGAAAACGUGUUUAUUGCACGACACGUCGUCGCGAGGGUUUAUUGCACGUGAAACAAACGCACGGACAAAGCGCGAUACGUGUACGCCGUAUAGCGUUACAAUUCCCGGGCGGUGAAUCGAGCAUCGCUCCCGCGGUACCGUCAUUAAAGAUCAUCAUUAAGGCGUCUCGCGGUCGGGUUGUCACAAGUUAUACUACUGAAUGGAUUCGUCUGCCCGUCGUUGAAUUCGAGUCGGGCGCCGAGAAAAGCAGAUUGCGAAGUGUUCUUCCGCGUUGUAAUUUAUUUCAAAGUCCUCCUUUCAGUUGAAGCCGUAGCUUCACGCAUAUUUUUAAUCUAUCUAAAUACUGACGCAUAUAACUCAAUAAUUUUUUUAUUAUUACAGAAAAACGGCUUAGGGUUGGAAAGUUACGCGUGUGCUUGUAAUUCCGUUACCGUUACAGUUAGUUUUUUUAAGGGAGUGCUAACAGCGUUACCUUUUUUUUUUAGUAACAAUAAUGAAUUUAACAAUUACUCUUUUGUUCUAUUAUUACAUUUUAAACCUAUUGUAAUAAUUUUGUUGUGUAUAUGUGUGUUCAAUCUUUAGUCUUUAGUUGGUAUUUAUAGAUUGUUGACACGUUUUAUUAUCAUUAAUAGUUUUAUGUCAUAAACCAAUCAUAUUGUGGCAUACAGCAUUUUAAAAACAAUUUUGAAAUGUUAAAUUAUUAUAACAAAAUUUUUAAACAAAAAGGGAAUUUUAAUUGGAUUUUGCUUUGACAUUAAAAAAGUAGCGGAAAAAAAGUAGAAAAUUAUUACUGUUUAAGUAACGAUAACGAUAAUAAGUUUCUCUUUAAGAAGUAACUUUUCCAAACUUUGAUUUUUUUUGCUAAAAUAUUUAAAAAUUUAGCCAUAUAUGAAAAUAUAAUUUUGGACUAUUAUGAUAAUUGUGCAGGUCACUUAAAGCAAGGCCAACACUGUGCAAGAAGUUUGUAUAUUUCUGACAACAAGCUUAAAAGUCUUUUAUAAUUAUUUUGAUGAUUUAACAAAAUUAUUUUCAGAUUUGUAUUUAACUAAAUUUUUUAAAGUAUUUUAGCAGAAUUAUUCUUUCUGUACGUAAAACAAAGCUAUUUUAUAAUAAUGAUAUUAUAAUUGUUUUCGUUUUAACAAUAAUUGAUAACGAAAAUAAUUGUCUUUAUUAAGAAUGAUUAUUGUAAAAUGUUUUCGCUAUAACAAUAAAAAAAUUAUUUACUUACAUAUGAAAAUUGAAGAUAAAACUACUAUAGUAUCAGAAAGAGCAUUAUAUUCAUUGCCAAAUGUUAUCUUAUGUAAUCACAAUUUUUUUCAUUCUUGUGAAGCAUGAGCGUGAAUGUUUUGUGCAUCUCAAAUAAGAUGAAUUAAAGAACCACCAUCGGCUGAAUAUUUGAACAAUCGAUACACUGUGCCGUACGUUGCAAUGGUCGAACGACAUGCAGCUCUGACUUUAAAGUUGCAAUCGAGUGUUACGUCGUCUUUCUCUUGUCAUCGGGCACAGUUUUUCUCGGGACUUACCCUUUCACAUUUAUACUCGUUUAUUAUUAGACUUUGGCCUAUUCUGAAAAUAAUUGACACUAGUAGGUAUAUCAAUACAAUAUAAAAAUAGCAGCUGUGAAAACGCAUUAUUAUUAACACAAUUUAGUUUUGUGAAUAAUAAUUAAAUGAUUCCCUUAUUUUAAACGACCUCAACUUUACAAAAUUAGCACAUAUUGUCCAUGCCUGUAUCGUUCUUCACUACACAGCAAAAAAAUUAGUAUCAAAUUGAAAUAUAUUCUGUUCAACGUAUUACUGUUUUAUAUAAGCAACAUUAUAAAUUCUUUAAAGAAUUUUAUCAUCUUAAAUUCUAGCAAUAUAAUUUUAAUUUAGUAUUAUAAAUAGUCUAAGAAUGUGAUUUUGAUAUGACAAUAGUACUUUAAGAAAUCGCAAUUCUUGAUUUGAAAAUAUUGUUGUUUUCUGUCCGAUAUUUAUUCUUUCCAACUUCUGAAAAUUGAAUUAUUGAAUAAUGUGUCUAUUUAACGCUACAUAAUCUCGGUUCCAGUAUUUAAAAAUUUAGACAUAAAUUUUUAUAUAAAAGAGGAACGUUCUUUUUUUCUGUGUAGAAUGUCUUCGUUGUAGGUCCGUACUUUUGUGCUUACGUACUUUCGCAAAAUCUCCCAGGUAAAAUAAAUUCACGAAUUAAACUGUGCAUCGUCGAAGCGCGCUUACCGAAUCAAUUGCAAUGCGGCAUCGAUAUUGGAAAUAAGAAAAAAAUAGAGCCCACCAGUUGGACAGGCCUAACACGUGGGCCUCAUCGAGCGACGGCGGCGGAAACGUGUCGUGCGGGACCUCCUUCCCCCGACGUUGCUUUUGAGGGGCCCACGAAACCAACCACCACGUAGUAUCGUUUUCUCUCGCCCGAAACACUGUACACAUACGGAUACGCGUAGCGAUUAAGGCGAUUCAACGGUUCUUUCUGUAUAUCUCCUAAUUUAAGGUGAGACACACACACACGCGCGCGCGGAGAUACCAGAAGAAAGGAGAGGAAGAAAGAGGAGAAAGGAAAAAAAAACGUAGGGAAAGUAGGAUAAACGGUAUUUUGUCGAAUCCUUGCUCCAUCCUCGUUUGUAUACUUAUGCGUUAUUCAGACGACACGUCUCGGGAAAUAUUCCCUGAAAAACGUCUCGCUUUUUCCACGCGCGGAAGACGGAUAUGUCAAGGGGAGGAGAGCCGGUCUCGCAGAGGUGGAAAUUUACGAACGUAUGCGUGACGUUUGCGCCGUUUAAUCCUUGAGGGAUACAGUACAUAUACGUGAGAUUCACGUAGCCGCGAUGAAAUCUCGGGCGGCGGCGUGUCGGAGUAAGAAGGUAUGAAGGGUGCGAGGUGAUGCGCGCGCGCGCGCACGCGCGAGUGGAGGACGCGAGAGUACGAGAAGCCUCUUUGAGAUUUUUCUUAGGCGCGAAAUCACGUCUAAUGGAAAUCUUAUGGAUUUGACACUUGAAAACCACUCCGCUCCGCUCCGCUCCGCUCCGCUCCGAGAGUCGGCAUACAUACGUCGGCAUCGCCGACAUUGUGUCUGCGUGCGCUCGCAAUCUGUAUCACACGAUAUAGCGAUUUAUUGUAGCAAAAUACACGAUAUACGAUGAAAAAAAAAAAGGGGAAAGAAAAGAGAAUCCUGCAGCUAGACCUCCAUUCUCCGAAGCACGACCGCGGCGGCGCGAGAUCUGCCUGCCACCGCCACAGUGCAACAUCGACGGGAACGUUUGUCGGACGAAUCACGAUGUGCAUCACUGGUUUUCAAUCUGCAGCGUCUAAAAAUUUAACCGGCACGAGACUAGUGACUGACACUAAUUCGGAACAGACGGGAAUUUAAAAAAAAGGUACGUAUUUUAUUUCUAAAAUUUUAAUACACCAAGGAAAAUAAUUAUGUCAGCGAGAUAAUAUCAUUUAAGUAACGCGUUACUCAUAAAGCCGUUAUCAUUACAGUUACUUUCCUUUUUUAGUAACUGUAGCGGUAACUACAUUUUUUUCCACAACGGUAACGAAUUUAACAGUUACUUUUAUCGUUACUUUUUACACUUUAAAUUUGUUUGUAACAAUUUCCAUUGUGUCCAAUCUUGUGGCUCCAACUGAUAUUCACAGUUGCUAUAUUAAAAAUCAUCUUAAAUGUAAUUUUCAGAUAUUAGAAGUCAAUAAAUAUUACCGCAUUUAAAAAAUAAUUUUUAAUUUGAGAUUAUCAUGCUAAAAUUCUUAUCACAAAAUUGAGAGAAUGCGAAGAAGUAUAAAUAUUAUAGAUACAUUUAUAAAUUGAGUACAAAUAAAAAUUGUUUAAUAUGAAUUUUGGACAUUUUUUAGUCUUUAAAAAAAUUUUUUGCCUUACGAAUUCAAGAUACAAAAUAACAUUGUUUUUAUAUUAAAUUUUAUAUAAUAAAAAGAAGAAAACAAAUGUUAUGUUUAAUUUGAUCUUAUUUUGGCACUAAAAGGUAACGCAAAAAGUAGUUAAUCGUUACCUUUUAAGGUAACGAGUUACUUUAAAAAAAUAAGUUUCCAACCCCACAUAUAUAAUCAUGGACGUACGCAAGAAAAAAUCACGUUUGUACUCCUUAAAUUUUGGCAAGAAAAAGUAUUAAUGAUUUUUACGACGAAAAGUUAAACACUUGUUAACUAAUGUGUGAUUCAUACUUUUCCCUAGGAGGUAUAAAAAUAUAUUAAAAUAGGAACUUGGAACAAAAAUUGGAAGUGAUUAGAAAAAGUUGAAAUUUUGUCCUCCUUCCUGAAAUCUUGGAUACGGCCAUGUAUAUGAUUACGUUUUGUGACCAAGCAGAAUUUUCUAGUUAUCAUAAGACUCGAGAUUUUAUAACUAGAACGUUUGAUAGACUUUAUUAUAAUUUGAUAAUUCCUACAAGAUUUCUGACUCGUCCGUUUUUUUAACAGACUGAUUGAAAUCUAGACUUUCAAUUAACGUAACAAGAUUUUCAAUGUAUAAUUAUCUCUUUAAUAAGAUAUUUAUGGCUCUAUGAAUAGUUAAUUCGGGCCAAAGAAUAUUCUUUCAUUUAUCGUUCGUUAUUUGAGAAACUUCUAAUCAGAUUUUCUUGCCGUUUUAUCGGGUACCUCAAUAAACUCGUCGCUUUUCUCUGGAGCUGUCCAAAUCCCUCACCUCAAAAGCGGUUAAUAGUUUUACGAGGUAAUUGAUCACACCCUAAUGGCUCGAACAGUUCCCACGAUAGAAACAAUAGUGUAAUAUUUCACGGGCUCGCGUUCAACAAUUCAUUCUAAAUUUAUCCGCGUUUAUAAUAAUAAGCGCACAAAUAAAUAUAACGCGCGCUUACAGCGGUAAUUUCAGCAAACAGGCCGCAGCACUUCCUCAGCAUAACGUAAAGCACAUUAUAUAGAUUCGUAUGCAUGAAAACCCGUGUGGACCGUGCGUAGAAUUCGUGGAAUUUGCAUCUCGGAAAUCUAAAAUUUUAAUGAUGUUAUUCUGGAUGGAAAAAAAAAGGGAAGAAAAUCUCUUCGAGUAAUGUCUCCGUAUGAAUGUCGUGAAAUUCAAACUCGACUCACAUGGUAUUGCGUGACGGCAUUAUUUUCUUCGUUAUUACAUGACCAUACAUUAUCAGAGGAUUUUUACUUCUGAUACGCUCCGAAGACGGGUGUGUUCCGUUAAAUGUUUAUUCUAUAUUCUAUCGAGACAGAAAACCUCGCGAUAUUUAUGAAACUGUCAUCCUGACGUCGGAAUACGAAUUGCUCGCUUUCUCUCUCUCUCUCUCUUUUCACUCCGAUUGGAUCCAUUAUACGUUAUUAAUAGAAAUAUGUAGAAUGCGCGAUGUCAAUUCCACCGGAAUUCUGCAGAGCGAUAUUGCACUGGCAUCUGUCACCGUUGUCAAAUCGCUUGCUUCCUUUGAUAACUUUUGAUCGUCUACUCGUGAUAAAUUUACGGUUACAGCUUUAUCGCUUGCGUUAUUUGAAAUUCAAGCAGCUCUGCGGAGAGCGGUUACCGAAAUUCAACAAAUUUUACGACUCCUUCCGACGGCUCCUUCAAUCGUCCCGCGCGAUCACCUCGUUACUGUAAGUUAAUAGCUCCUUUACGUGUACUUGACUCGUCCUUCUGGAACCGAGUAUUCGCGCGCGCGUUACAUCUCGUGCCAAACACGUACAUGAAUGUAUAGGUAUUUUGUUCAUUCCGCGUUGAUUUAGUACUCCUGUAACGUACGGUACGGUUUUAUUGAUAAUAAUCCUUUCAAAAUAUCAAUUUUAUUCUUUAAAAGGAUUGAACCGAUAGCAGAGUAAUGUUCGAUUAUUCAUAUUUUUAGGAUAAAUUUCGAUAUUAUAGGUAAUAUAUUUUUAUUGUUUUUUAUUUUUUUAUGUGCGUACAUUUGCACGCGUGACUUAUUUCAAAUCUAUUAUUGCAACAUUAAUUUGUUAGUAGUACGUUAUUUCUACAGUUGUUACCACAGUAGGACCUUUCAAUUAUUAUCGGGUGUCAAUAUUUCAUCAUUCCAGAUAGACAAAUAUAAUUCUAUCGACAUACAUAUUCAAUAUUAAUUCUAGAUACAUCUGACUGCGAAUAAAAUGUGUUCCCGUUUCAUAUCGUCGUUGAAACUAUCUUCUGUAUUUAUAACAUACAAUUAUUUUAUUCCGUUCAUGCUAUAAAUUUUCAGAAGAAAAAAAGUGUUUCUAUUAAAUUAAUAAUAACGAACAUAUUAAACUAAUUUAAAAGUAACGCCUUUUAAUAAUGCAACAUACCGGGAAACUUCGACGCAGCGUAAAAUUAGAAGUUUUAACGUAAAGGAAACUGCGGUCAGUUUUUGGCGAAGGAAAUAUCAGACCUCUUAGCGAUAAAUUAUUCAUCAUCGGAGUUUAGUUAAUAAAACAGCAACUUUUCAUCUCAAUUUUUUUGCCUCUAUCGUCGGAAGAGGAAAAAAGAGAGAGACAAAGAGAGAUAUGAGAAUAACACAUCUCCAGUCAGAGUUCCUAUAAUAAAAGUUAAUCAAGAGGCAUACAUACUUACAACAAAAGUUAAUACAAGCCGCCAUGUACAAUUUAAUAUUAAAACUGAUUUGGUAACACUGAUUUUAUUAGUUUAGAUUGAUAUUAAAUUAAAAGUGGAAAUAAAGAAGCAUUAAUAUUAUGAAUUAAUAAUUAAAUAAUGUACAAAUGUUAACUUAAAUAUAUACUGAAAAAAAAGUUACUUUGACUAAAUUUUUCAAUUGAUUAGUUUCUUUAGUUCAAGAAUUUAUGCAUUUAAUUUAAAUACAUGAAUUAUAUAUAAUAUUAUAUGCGACAAUUAGUGACGUCUUCAACAAUAUACACAAAUAUAAGGCUAAAUAAUAUGUAGGCUGUAUAGCACUAUUGUAUUAAUUAUUGAUUUUUUUGUUCAAAAAUGUCACAUUUAAAAUUCGCAGUUGUUUACAUAUAACGGAUUUAGGCAAUCAAUAAGAAAUCGUUAUCACAUUGAUUUAAUCCUUAUUAUAGGAGUUCUACCUGUCGCAUCCCUCGGCAACCCUUUCGCGAGCUCGUGUUUCGUUGCGAGCGGUUCCGAGACGGUUAUAGACACUGCGACUGUAACGUUUGCACGCGUGUAUAUUUAUAUUCACGCGCGAAUCGAAAUUCCUAUCUACGCGGAGUAUUUCGAUGUCGAAUACCGGCUGAUGAAGUUAUCGGAAUAGCCUAGCGCGAUACGCCGUAAUGAGAACAAUGCGGCGCUCCUCGAAUAUUUACCAACCUCACGGAAUUCUGCAAUAGCGCACGGCCGUCACGCUGAAGCGACUACUACGCGAAUUCCACGGAUUAGCGCGCCGAUUCCUCGAUUAAUUUAAUUAAAAAUGAAUACCCGAUGGAAAUAAUCCCUCCCUCUAUCCCUCGCCCUCGCCCGCGGCCGCGGCCGCGCACCUCGCGAAUCUCGUUUUCUCUCUCUCUCUCUCUCUCUCUCUCUCUCUCUCUCUCUCUCUCUCUCUCUCUAUCUAUCUAUCUCUCUCUCUGCCUCUCUCUCUCGUAAAAGUCGUAGCUCGUACGUGCUCGCAAUUAUAUCGGGAUUAAACCAAUUAUUAUCGUGCGCGCGACGUACCGUUAUCGACUAGCGUUUCCGAGAGAGUCGCGAUAUUCGUGUUUGUUAAUAUUAUAAAAUAAGAUCAUCAAUAAAAUUACUAUUGAGCGAUCUCGCGAGCGUAAUCACGUAACGCAGCGUAACUCAUUGACUUGUCAAUAUUUUUAUUCGGUCAAAAGUACUGCUUUUAUUACGAGCGAGUUGCGAUGUUAUUUGAUAAAAACACUGAUACAAAAAAACAACGAUUAAUAAUAAUUAUUAUCUAAACAACAGUAAAAUAACAUAUUUCGUUAUUUACUUCAGCUCGGGAGAAUUUUUGCUCGAGAGAUUCUUUGCUCAACCAACAAAGAAUCCCCUUUAAGGAUUCUCAUUUUUUAAAUUUUCCGGUUGCAUAAAUUCACUCGUUUUAUUUCAGUAAAUUUUCCUUCCACCAUAAUUAGCAUAAUUGUAAUCUAAAGAGAGCGGGAAAGUCUCGCCGGACUCGCCUCCAAGCUCACCGCGGCCUGACGCCGAGCGAUCACAAAGCGAAUGACGAUUGUUCUGCGGAUUCUGAUGCAGACAUUUUCGAGUAACAAUCGAUCUCGCCGUUGACGUUUAUAUUGUAAGACCACUGCAAAACCGACGGAUUAAGGCGCUAAUGACUCUAUCAGCUGGAAUCGAUCUCGCGCCGGGACUCAUCAUUAUUACACAGAACGAGCUGUAAAACUGAUAACGUGCAAAUGCGAGCUGCGUAUAUCAUAAAAAUGUCGGCAUCAAACCGCAUAGCGCGAAUUCUGGUAGCACAAAACAUUGGCACAAUAUAUUGGGAAGUAAUGUUAAUAAAAUAUCCCCAAUGUUGGUCCAGUAUUAUAAAUUGGCUUCAUUAUUUAUUAUUUAGCCAACAAUAAACAGCAAUAUGAGUUCAAUAUUGGUUCAACGAUAUUCAUUUAAUUUUGUUUUAUUGAACAUUAAUUGUAUCCUAAUUUGGGACCAAUUUGGAGCUAAUAAUUUGUCCAACAAUAAGCCGCAAUAUUGGUUCAAUAUUGAUUCAAUAUUGGGCUACCAAUAUUCAUUUGAUUUUUCAUAUUAAACAUUAAUUGCCUCAAGAUGCAAUUAAUUCGGAACCAAUAUUUUAUGACCAAUAUUGGUGUUACAUUUGGGAAAACAUUGGCCAAAGCACUCCUCCAAUGUACUGCCAACUGUGCUGUUAGGGAACGUGCUACGGUAACGCAAAGGUACGCUCGGGAGUUCGUCCUCGACAAGAAACGCCUGUGAUCUCUCGAUAUCUCGAACGAGCGCUACCGAAGACGAGUCUCCGCAGCGCGUGCGACGAAUUCUGCACGGUGAGCUGCGGUAGUGCGGUUUACUUUGACUACCGGCACACGAUCGGUGAAAUUCGCGAUGAAAACAGUCGACCGCGCGCGGCCGGGAGGGUGGUCGAACGAACGCAAUAAUUAUCGGUGAUUCACACAGCGCUCGCGCUCUCACGCUUCCAUCUGCGGAUCCUCGAAAGGACUGGCCGCAUCUCGCUUCCUGCACCGUACAAUGGGCCUUUAAUGAGUUCCCUUUGCACAGCGCGGACUGUUUGGAUCGUUCUGAUGGGGGCGUUCGGAAAGGAGAGAAAAGGGAGCUAGGGAGAGAGAUAGAAAAGGAGAAAAAGGAAAAAA